AUGGUCAGGCUUUGUAUUAUUUGCAAUAAGGAAAAGGCAAUUGUUAAAAGACCAAAAACAGGGCAACAAGCGUGCAAAGAGUGUUUUUAUUAUGUAUUUGAAACAGAGGUGCAUAAUACAAUUACAGACAAUAAAUUAUUUAAGAAGGGUGAUAAAGUUGCAAUUGCAGCCUCAGGAGGAAAAGAUUCCACAGUGUUAGCUUAUGUUUUAAAACUUUUGAAUGAAAGAUAUAAUUAUGAUUUAGAUUUAUUCCUUUUAUCAGUUGAUGAGGGAAUAACAGUUUCAUAUAGUGAGUUAUAUGGAUGGAGUAUGGAUCAAAUAGUUAAAGAGGUUGGAUUAAAGAAUAAUUGUACAUUUUGUGGUGUAUUUAGACGUCAAGCUUUAGAUCGUGGAGCUGCACUAUUGAAAGUUGAUCAUGUAGUAACAGGACAUAAUGCAGACGAUAUUGCAGAAACAGUUUUGAUGAACAGUGAUAUUGCCAGGCUUCAAAGAUGCACAGAAAUAUGUACAACUGGAGAAGAUUGUAUAAGAAGAUCCAAGCCAUUUAAAUAUACAUAUGAAAAAGAGAUAGUCAUGUAUGCAUAUUUCAAGAAACUUGACUAUUUUUCUACUGAAUGUAUUUACUCACCAAAUUCAUAUAGAGGACAUGUUAGAACAUUUCUAAAAGAUUUAGAAGCAAUUCGUCCAAGCACUAUAAUAGAUAUAAUUUAUUCUGGCGAAGCAUUCCAGGUUAAGAAUGAGGUGAAAUUGCCUGUUCAAGGCAUGUGUAAACGUUGUGGAUAUAUAUCUAGUAAUGAAUUGUGUAAAGCAUGCGUCUUAUUAGAAGGUUUAAAUAGAGGCUUACCGAGAUUUGGUAUUGGGAAAACUCAUAAAAUGCGUAAACUUUAUGGAGAUACGCCUGAAAAUUUGCCAUCGAUACCAUUUUUUAACAAGAAAAUAAAUGACGAUCAAAAUUUAAAUCUCGUUUUAGUAAUGUCAUUUCCUCAAUUAUUUAAAAAAUCCAAAUUGGCAACAUAUGAUCCAGCAUUACCACAAGUUUAUAAAACUUAUGGACAUUAUAAAGGUAAAGGAGAAUGGGGAGUAAAACGUAAUUUACCAAAAACAACACAUUCAGAUGUAAUAACUAUUAGAGCGUUCGAUACAACAGAGCAUCAAACAAUAUUCAAUAGUGUUCAAGGUUUAGUGAAGUUCCCAAGAAAAUGGAAAGAAAAUUUUCCACAUUCAAAAAUAUUUAAACCAAUGAUAGGACAAAAUUUUUUGGACAUUGAUAAAAUAUCGGAGAAAAAAUUCAAAAAAUAUUUAAAGGAGGCGGAAAGUAGGAGGGAGGAUUGGUAUAUAAAAAUCACAAAAGAUCAAAAGAAACCAUCUAUUGUAGAUUAUUUAGAAUUUUUAAAUUUAAACUAUCAAAGUCAAACAAAACGACCAGUUAAAGGAUUGACAUAUUCACACAACAAUACAGGAUCAAGUAUAAUAGUGCAAGGUCGUAUUUUGAAUAGAGGUAAUUCUGCAGAUUACUCUGUUGGAGUUGGUGGGUUAGUAACACGGCUACCUGUAAAUACAGUCAUUAGUUUAACACAAAUAGAUCGUAGUAAAUUAGAAACAUUUUAUGUUGAGAAGGCAGAAUUUGAUGCUAAAGGAACACCAAGAGUAUCUUUAACAAAAUUACCUAAUAUUUUAAAUAAAUUAAAGUCUUCAACCAAUAAUAAUAAUAAUCAAUCAACAACAUUGUUUGGUUCUAGAACAUUUGAUAAUAUUUCAGACGAAGAUAAGCUAUCACAAGAAGCAAUGUUAAAUAAAAUUCAAGAUAUAUUUGAUAGUAGUAAUUAG